AUGGUAGAGCAUAGCGUACAAGGCGUUUUGGUUUUGGCGGUCAACUGGUUUCAGUCUCCGCAUUUAUCUCUUGCACCGCCUGAGGUGGUAGAAGGCCACAGUAGAUCUUGUCGCUUUCCCGUCUGUUUGGUUUCUUGGCGCGAUCUCAACACAGAGGUCUCUCUCGGGCAUCACUGGGAUGGGAGGGAUAAAAAGCGAGUGACAUUGGGCGCGAAGGCAUCUUCUUUCUUCUCUUCUCAAGACUUGUUUACCUUUCAUAUUGCAGGCUUCAAUUUGGCGUUGGCGGAACUACAUGUCGAGUGGCUUUAG